AUGUCCGGUCUCACAGAAGACCAAGUCGCCUUCUUCCGCGAGAACGGCUACCUCGUUCUUCCCGACUAUCUGAGCCAAACUGAAAUCACAUCGCUCCUCGAAGAAACCAACACCCUCUUAAACGACUUCUCCCUAGAAACCCACCCCCUGACUCAAUUCACAACAGGGGACGAUAAUUCUACCGCCCACGUAGGAGACGACUACUUCCUAAACUCCGGCGAUAAGAUCCGCUUCUUCUUCGAGCCUGACGCGCUCACCACCGAGCCGGACCCAUUGACCGGGCGCGCUGCGUUACUGAAACCGAAGAACCUCGCCGUGAAUAAAAUAGGACACUCGCUGCACACCCUAUCCCCGCCGUUCAAGGCAGUCUCCUUGAACGACCGUAAUGCCGCCAUCGCGCGCUCGCUCGGCUUCGUCGACCCGCGCGUCCUACAAAGUAUGCUGAUCUGUAAACAGCCUUCCAUUGGUGGCGCAGUACCUUCGCACCAGGACUCGGAGUUCCUCUACACUGACCCGCCAUCUGCAGUGGGCUGGUGGUAUGCGCUUCAGGAUGCGGGGCCGGGCAAUGGCACGUUGGGGAUGUGGAAGGGAUCCCAUAAGGGACGAAAGGGUGGUCAUAUUAAGAGGCGGUUUGCGAGGAAAGAGGGUUCUUUAGGGACGGAAUUCAUUCAGAACGAGGGGCCUUCCUUGCCGCGGGGACAGGAAGAGGAGAAGGUUUCGGAGCCUACUGAGGACGAGCUGGAGAUUUUGAAUGUUAAGGCUGGGUCUUUGGUGCUUAUCCAUGGCAAUGUGGUACAUAAGAGUGAGAAGAAUACCAGUGAGCGCAGUCGGUACGCUUAUACCUUCCAUGUUAUUGAAGGGGGCGAUGGAUGGGAAUAUGAUGAGCGAAAUUGGUUGCAGCCACCUGAGGGUGGGUUUUCGAAGUUGUAUCAGUGA